UCUAAGUAGGAAGCUCGCGUGCUGCAGCCCGCAGCUGAUCCGGGCGCUCAGCGGACUGCGAAACCUAGGAGCCGGGUUCAGAGCCGAUCGAUCGCCGCGCAGCGCUGGUUGGAGUGUCUGCUGGGGAGUCACUGUACUCUCUAGCCAAGCAUGCUGUGGUCAGAUCUGCCCAGCCCUGGAAUAGAAACCUUUGCCGGAUGGAAAAUCCACAAAAGAAAGCUCUUGUGAAAAGCUGAUUCUGACAUUGACUUAAGUGCACCCAGCUAGCCACCUCACUGGUUGGCGAGUCCUUGGGAGUUCCUGAGUCCCCUGCUAACAAGCUGACUGUCGCUAUGGGCAAAAGGUACCUGGAAGCUCCGGGGUGUCCAGGCAGCUCAUAUUGCAAAUUAUAACCCGUUUCCUGCACCACUGCUGGCGCCCAGCGAUCCAUGUCAGAAGUACUUCCAGCUGAUUCAGGUGUCGGCACCUUGGCAGUGUUUAUGGCAAGCAGCGGAACCACAGACAUUGCAAAUCGGAACAGCCCAGCCACACCACCGAAUACCCUUAAUCUCCGUUCCUCCCACAAUGAACUAUUAAAUGCAGAGAUCAAACACUCAGAUGCCAAGAACAGCACGCCCCCCAAAUGUAGGAAAAAAUAUGCACUGACUAAUAUUCAGGCGGCCAUGGGCCUCUCAGAUCCAGCCGUACAACCUUUGCUGGGAAAUGGCUCUGCCAACAUCAAGUUGGUUAAAAAUGGGGAGAACCAGCUACGCAAGGCUGCAGAACAGGGGCAGCAGGACCCCAACAAGAACCUCAGCCCUGCAGCGGUCAUCAACUUAACUUCUGAGAAGCUGGAGGGUAAAGAUCUCCACCCACAGGAGUCCUCAGGCUGUGAGAUUUUGCCCUCCCAGCCCAGGAGAACUAAGAGCUUCCUCAAUUACUAUGCAGACCUGGAAACCUCGGCUAGAGAACUAGGACAGAACCUGGGCCCCUGCCAAGGGGUUGGAGAGGAGAAAGCCCAGCCAGGCCCAGGCCAGGCCCCAGUAGUCAUUGGGAAUGGUGACUUGGUGCCACAGAAACCAAACAAACCCCAGUCCAGCCCAGAGGACGGCCAAGUAGCCACAGUAUCAUCCAGCCCAGAGACCAAGAAAGACCACCCUAAAACAGGAGCCAAAACCGACUGUGCACUCCAUCGGAUCCAGAACCUGGCACCAAGUGACGAGGAAUCCAGCUGGACAACGCUGUCCCAAGACAGUGCCUCCCCCAGCUCCCCAGAUGAAACAGAUAUCUGGAGUGAUCACUCAUUUCAGACAGAUCCGGAUUUGCCGCCUGGCUGGAAAAGAGUCAGUGACAUUGCUGGGACCUAUUACUGGCACAUCCCAACAGGGACGACUCAGUGGGAACGGCCCGUCUCCAUCCCAGCGGAUCUCCACGGUUCUAGGAAAGGGUCACUUAGCUCUGUAACGCCAUCUCCCACCCCAGAGAACGAGAAACAGCCAUGGAGUGAUUUUGCUGUUCUGAAUGGGGGAAAGAUUAAUAGUGACAUUUGGAAGGAUUUGCACGCAGCCACAGUUAACCCAGACCCCAGUUUAAAAGAGUUUGAAGGAGCAACACUGCGCUAUGCAUCCUUGAAACUCAGAAACGCCCCUCAUGCCGAUGACGAUGAUUCUUGUAGUAUCAACAGUGACCCAGAAGCCAAGUGUUUUGCUGUGCGUUCUCUGGGCUGGGUAGAGAUGGCAGAGGAGGACCUUGCCCCUGGGAAGAGCAGUGUCGCUGUCAACAACUGCAUCCGGCAGCUUUCCUACUGCAAAAACGACAUCCGGGACACAGUUGGCAUCUGGGGAGAGGGCAAAGACAUGUACCUGAUCCUGGAAAAUGACAUGCUCAGCCUGGUGGACCCCAUGGACCGCUCUGUGUUACACUCCCAGCCCAUCGUGAGCAUCCGAGUGUGGGGUGUGGGCCGAGACAACGGCCGAGAGAGGGACUUUGCUUACGUGGCAAGAGACAAAGACACGAGAAUUCUGAAAUGCCAUGUGUUUCGAUGUGACACACCAGCAAAAGCCAUUGCCACAAGUCUCCACGAAAUCUGUUCCAAGAUUAUGGCUGAACGGAAGAAUGCCAAAGCCCUGGCCUGCAGCUCCUUACAGGAGAGGACCAAUAUGAGUCUUGAUGUCCCUUUGCAAGUAGAUUUUCCAACACCAAAGACGGAGCUGGUGCAGAAGUUCCACGUGCAGUACCUGGGCAUGUUACCUGUAGACAGACCUGUCGGCAUGGACACCCUGAACAGUGCCAUAGAGAAUCUUAUGACGUCAUCCAGCAAGGAGGACUGGCCUUCGGUGAACAUGAACGUGGCCGAUGCCACCGUGACAGUCAUCAGUGAAAAGAAUGAAGAGGAGAUCUUGGUGGAGUGUCGGGUGCGCUUUCUGUCCUUCAUGGGCGUCGGGAAGGACGUCCAUACGUUUGCCUUCAUCAUGGACACUGGGAACCAGCGCUUUGAGUGCCACGUGUUCUGGUGUGAGCCUAAUGCAGCCAGUGUGUCGGAAGCUGUCCAGGCCGCCUGCAUGCUACGAUAUCAGAAGUGCUUGGUAGCCAGGCCACCUUCACAGAAAGUCCGCCCCCCACCCCCGCCAGCCGAUUCAGUGACCCGGAGAGUCACGACCAAUGUGAAGAGAGGGGUCUUAUCUCUCAUUGACACUUUGAAACAGAAGCGGCCUGUCACAGAGACACCCUAGCAGCCCGGGACGCGGGGAGUCUGUCAUUGUUUCCUGAGGAUCGAGUAGCUACACUAAAGAAGCCCACGCCUGGCCUUCCGCUCAGUUGCUGAUGCUUUGUCUCCAGAGAAUUUAUCUUUAACCAGACAGUGUUAGACAAGCAUGUGACCUCGUCUUGCCGCCAUCAUGUGAUAUGAAAAGAAGCAUGAUUUUUUUUCCUGUAAGUUACAUCAUGAGCAGUGGAAGGUUUUCUUCUCGUUGUAAAUAUUGUGAACAGGACUUCCAGCGUACACACCGAAGAAUGCGGCCACACCCUUCCUAGACAACUGACACCGCGUCCUUGGAUGAACGGUGCCCAAGUUCGUUUUGCUGUCCUCUUGACUGGAUCUGUCACAAGCCACCUUGGGGUCCCUCGGCACUUUGCCCCGAUUUCAGCUUUUAAGACAUUUGGAUCCUGAGUAACAGAUACCAUUGAAUUGCUGUAAAAGUAGGGUGACGCGCUCGGGUUUCAGUCUUUCCUAACAGCGAGGCUGUUGGACAAAACUCGCAGCUGGCGUCGGUACAGACACCAGCCACCCGUUUCCCUCGGCGAGCUCUCUGAUGCGUGGACACCGGCUCACGUCUACAGCUGUUUGGGGUGCUGGGCAAAGGAGAACUUUAAAAUUGAUAGAAAACUAAAAUUGAGGAAUUAAAAUCAAGCAAAAAAAAAAAUAGCCUUUCUUUUCAGAUGGUUCUUUUCAGGUGGUUUUCAGACUGGUUAUUUUAAAAAAAGAGAUUAACAGAAUCACGAUGCAUUCGGGAUGGAACGUAUUUCAAACUUCUGCCUUACAUUGUACAAUGCAGCUAGAGAAUUAAAGUGUACUAUGCCAUUCUCUCUACCCACACCUGAAAAGUGAAAUAUUCCUACAGUUUCCAUCCCUAGUUUGAUACCGAGCUAAUAUGCAAUUUAGAGCUGAGGAAAUGUUCUCUAUGUCUCUGUCGCACUAGAUUAUUUUCCACCUGCACUGCGUGGUUCUUGUUAGUUCUCUUCCUGGAGACAAGGGUGUGCUCCUGGGAUCCACUCGCUGCCCCAACCUCCCUCUGUGCUCCUCUGUCCAGGAAGCUGUCUGUCCCUCAUAUACUGUCCAUGGCAACGAGUUUUAAGUUGUCAUUCUCCUGAAUUUACGUGUUUAAUGUUAGAAAUGUGUUAAGACCUGACUAGAAGAUGUGUUUUUAAACUUCUGUUUUCCCAUUUUACUUUCAAAGAUUUAAUUUUUUUCCUAUCAGAGCAAAAUAUACUCGGAAAUGGUGGGUUUCCUGACAGUGUCUCCCACGUAUCAGUUUCCUGCCUCUUUUUUAUGUAGCUAAGGAACCUAACCGUAAGCACAUACAACUUUAGACUCUCGUUGGCCUUGUUGUUUAAAAGGUCAUCUUACUUGUGUUGUUUACGUUUAAUGUCAGAACCAAUAUCCAGUUAUAAAAUAGUGCUUUUUUUUUAAAACCUUGCUCUGUACCUGUCAGAACGUCUGCACAGUGUGAUCACGUUUGAGCCUUACAUGGUAGGAAAGGCACUAAACAAACUGAAGGAAUGAGAACACAGGGCACCAAAAGCUAAAGAAGUGGCUUAGGAUGCCACCGAAGUCCAUGAGAGCCGGGAUCACGACCCACAUCUCGAAACUUUUACCACAUUUUAUCUCCUCCCUGCAAUCAGGAGGACCCUUCACAAAUGGCUCUGGGGCCAUGCAGAGAACAGAAGUACAGUCAGGCGACCUCAGAGUUCCCGAGUGAAUUAGGAAAGUGUCCACUUUAUCUACCCAGCGGCACUUACUGUAAGACCAUUGUCCUUUCUCGGUCCAGGACUGUGUUCCUCAAAUGUGUCACAGAGGAAGAAUAUCUGUCCUCAGCAGCCUGGUCCCACCUCAGACUUCCCAAAGAUCAUUACCUGUGGUAGGAACAUUCCCACCUGUGGCCCUCACCAGUGCAGACUGUGGUGGGGUGACAGGCGGUGGGAGGUGGAGAAGCUGGAUUGUCCACCGGCGUCCUGACUUUACAGGAAAAGCGAUGUUGCUUGAGAUGGGUUAUGCUUGGUUCCGGCUUGCCCGCUAGCUGAAGUAACAGGUGCCAUCUGAGACUUUCUGCAUACCGGAAACCUUACUGUGCCAGAGAAAAACCGUUUAGAAGCCCGUCCUCGUGGUCUCUUACUUUGAUCUGUUUCUUCUCCACAGCAGAAGGCUUUAGGGCACGCAGCUUCAAAACUCUGAAGAGGCCACGUUUCUAUAGGCGGUCUCUACCCAAACCCCUUUGGUUUUUUUAAGACAUGUCUGUUUGUUUUCAGGAUCAAGAAGACUGAGCUAGCUUUAAAGAGCAAACCGAUUUAUAUAUGCAAUUUUAAGAUGCAGUUAAGAUGAAUGAUAGCCUUUUGCAAGUGAAAUGCUUUUACUGCACAUUUUCUGUUUUGGGAAUAGCUUUGUGUUCUAAGUGCAAGUUGAUUUUUUUUUUGUAAAAUUAUGUUAAACAAUAUGUUCAGAUCCUUUCUGCCAUGGCCAAAAAAGUAUGUAUGGAAGUGUGUUUGUAUCCGUCUGUGAGAGGAGGCCGAUGUUUUACCUGAGGUCUUUGUGAUACUUCGGUUAUCUAUGCAUUCUUUCUCUGUGAUUCGGUAAACAGGCGGCCAUGUUCACGAUGCCUUGUGUGUCCUAUCUUUUUCUUUUUUUAAAUUAACCUGUUAAAUACAGCUUGAAAUAUUUUUAUUUUAUUUAUUCUGUUUUUACUGAAAUAUACUGCAUUCCUGUGUUACUGUACUAUCUUUGCUGGGUAUGAUGUCUGUGUAUCCAGGUCUCACUUAAGUAACCCAGUGAACUCUACGUCAUCUAGAAAGUGGUUCUGUAACAAUUGGCAGUCACAUGGUUCUGUAACGAUUGGCAGUCACAUCUCUGUUGGAAUAUGUAGGAGAGAAGUUAACCCUUAAAGUUCCUUUUAUUUUUUACAAGCAGCUAGACAGAUGUGCCCUCACCACCUUAUCCACAUGCUCCUUGGAAGCGUUGAGGGGGCAGCCGACAUGCCGUCUGGCGGAGAACUUUACUUUGUAGACAAAGGCACUGUGGGGCAUCAUUUUUAUACCCUUCCCAACACACGUGAUUUCAUCCAAAAUACACACACAGAGCCACACGCCUUUGUUUCCACCUGGAUUUAAGGCCACCCCUAGCCAAUUAGAGCCACUGUUUUGUCUGUCUGUCUGUCCUACUGCAUGAAGGGACAUUAGACCCAUUUCCAUUAAAGCAAAUUCUUGGUGAUAA